UUUUGCACGAAAUAUAUAUUUAGAUGUAUAUUCCUACAUAAAUCACAACAAUAGAUGUUAUAUUGUAUUGGUGGAGCCAUGUCGAAAACGUUUUACAAAAGUCUGGAUAUAGAAGAAGAAGACGUUUUAAUCUUUACCUUUGCGUUUGGACUAUUUUUAAGUAUAAUCUACAUUUUCAAUAAGUUUACUUUCGAUAAAGAUAAAAGCGAUAAGAAAUGUAAAACGAAUGACACAAAAGUCGAAACUGUUAUUAGAUACAAUUUCGAUGACGAUGGAGUAGACAAGAUCAGAAAUGUCUCGGGAUUAGGUUUGAGAAUAUUAAUGUUUGUAUUUGAAGAUUAUCCUGGAUUUUGUUGCCAAUCCUGUGGACCAAUCUUUCACGUGGAUGUAGAGGUUAAAGAUAAAUCGGAAUUUCUGCGCUGCUCUUUAUGCUCUAAAGAUCUUAGAUUUGAAGAAUGUGAACAGGUGAAAAAGCUAGUACAGAUCUCGAAGCUGUCGUCCAGGAAAUUAGGAAAUUUAUUAGUAAAAUGCAGCAAAUAUACAUUUGGGUGCAAUUUAAAUAUUCCACUGAAAAAGUUGAAGGAGCAUUUACAACACUGUCCUUACAUCGUAAUUCCUUGUCCUCAAGGAUGUGGCAGUAACGUCGUAAAGCGCGAACUUUUAAACCAUUUAAAUAAUCACACUGGACGUGGCGGAUAUUCAAACGAACCAAUAAUUCCUUCUUGCCCUCCACCUCCUUAUCCGAAAGAAUAAAGCUAUUUACAAUAAAAUUUAGAAAGAGUUAAUAUUCGUUGAUUUUAUUAAGACUAUAUUUAUUAAAUGAAAAAAUCAAUCUUUUGGCGAGAAUUAAUUAUCUUUUACAUUAAACAAGAAAGAUUUAAUUAAAUUACUGUAUAAAUAAAAAAACGCACAUUCUACAGAAAUUAGGUUUCAUAUGAAAGAAAAUACUAUAACCGAAAAAAAUCAGCAUCUAGAAAGUAAUUAAAAUAAAAAUUUGUAUUGAAAUAUCGACUAAAUCAGUGUUUUCCAACAUGGGGCCCACGUCCCACAGGGGGUCGAUUGUUAAGGGUGGCAAUUUGAAAAUUGACUCGUUCAGAGUUUAAGUUAACCGAAUAACCGCUGUAUAUGUUAGAGGGGCAUAAGAAUUUUGGAAAGGUUUAGGUAGGGCAUAGCACAAAAAAGGUUGGGAAACACUGGACUAAAUGAUCAUUGUACGGGUGAUGAGGUCAAGCCAAACGCACCUCGACCCGAAACGUUAGUCAUGUACAAAAGUCAUAGGGCAAGAUGUCGACUAUCGAUGACAUAAAGCCCGAGCUGAUAUCCACGCUUAACGUAUUUAGGCCACGCUGGCUAACUAUGGAUUCGAAUCCAUCCUGUCUUCAUUAUAAAAAUGUUUUCUGUUUAAGGAUAUGAUCAAUAAUACGGUGUCAGACCUCUACCGUAUUCCUUUCCCUGAAGCGCUCCUGCAGAAUCUUCAGGUUCUCCAUUGAACACACAUAAACUUUAUCUUUAGUUACUUCCGUAUCGCAAAGUCCACGGGGUUUAAAUCGGGGCU